AUGUCAGUUACUCAAGAGAGCCUGAGCCUUCAAUUUUCGCCUGCCGACAUUGUGCUCAGCUGCACCAUCUGUCAGGAGACACUGUCGACUAUAUAUGCCGAUGAUGACCAGAACAAUGGCCUCAUACGCAAAGAUCGCGAGGACUCUCAGAAUGGCAAAGUCACGAAGCUUUGGCUCACUGAAUGUGCUCAUCUCACUUGCGGAAAGCAUCUUCCAGGUGGAGGCGCACCAUUUCACUCCAUUCAAGAGGUUCCUCGAGCGCCGUGUCCCCUUUGCUCUAUUGAGAAGGACGACCACUCGAACAAGGCGCUCUUCUUUAUCAAUGGGACCUCCAAAGGCCAAUACGAUGAGAACAUCCCAGAUGUCUACUUCCAAAUGCCCCCAAUCGAGCUCAGUGGUGGAGACCCCGGGCUUGAAGCACUACGAUUUCAUUACCUUUCUCUGUUACGUUCCGGAACCAAAACACGCGAGAAGCUCAUAGGGUUGACAAAGGCGCUCAAGCGCUGGGAGGAUAAGAAGCCAGAGAUAGUGCGCUCUCUGAGCAGUGUUGCUCCUUUGCGAGAUGAGCUGUUAUCCGCAGGACGGAGGCUCAUGGUCUUGGGCGAAGAUGUCUCAUCCAUUGAGACCACGUUGAAGCUUGCUGGUGUCAGCCUAACCGAGGGUCUACGCCCUCAGCAGCAAAUGGAUAUACGCUCCCAGCAUCAGAGUAUGGACCUCAAGCCCGCAGGUCAAAAGUCCUCUCCUCUGGACGGAGGUUCACGCAUUGCCCGGGGUAGUGCCGCUGAUCUCGACUGCUUGAAGCAAGGCGCUGGGAUCUUCAAAGGCCGUAGUGGCGUCACGCAACAGGACUCGAUGCAGCAACAUGGUUCCUCCUCGAAGAGAAAGCGUGUGGAUUCGCGGAGCGAUACCGAACACCAGACUGAGUACGCACUUCGCGGGAGAGGGUUCGGAAUAUGUCGAAGUAGAGAUCAAAUGCCGCCUCCACCUAUUCCCAUGCCGCAGCCGUCUGUCUAUAUGGCUAGGGUUCCAUCUUCUGACAUGCAUGGUCUGGAUUACCAGCACGACCAUGUCAACGCUACACACUUUCAACGAGCCCCUAUCACGCCCCAGCGGCACCCCUCUCAAGGUGGUCUCAGUCGUUCAAUGCUUGCGCCUGGCUCUUCGAUGGAGCCAUCCAACACGUCCUUGGCAGGGGCUAGGACCAACAAUGGGCAGCCACGUAUGGAUCGCCGUCAGUCUCCCCGUGCCAACACGGGUACCGCAGGCCCCGUCUAUGCGCGAGGCGGCUGGCAGCCACCACCAGAAUCUUUUGACACCGAACACUCAUUGGAUUUUAGCUCGCCUAGCUCGUCACUGCCUUCCACUGGGCAGCCGCCUGCGCGUCGUUUUACGGGUUACCACCAAGGAAGCCUCAUGUUCCCAAUUGAGCUUGGAGAUCAAACAAUCGAUCCAAGCAGCCGCAGCUAUCGGUCAGUCAGUAGCGAUGGCUCAACAUUGUACUAUCGAAGACAGUCAGCACUCGCUAUGCAAUCUCAGCUUGAGUCGCCGGCUCCUUCACGAAAUCACGAUCCGUCUCCGAAUAGGGAAGGUCGCAUCACAUUAUCGAGGACGCCGUCCGUUGCCAGCCGGCAUUCCUCUGACAGAGGCAUUGGCCUUUCCAGCCAUGUUCGUAGCAGCAGCCGUCAGACCAACCAUCCAUCGGGCAACUCCAGCUCUCACCGCCAGCAGCUCGUGAUCACAACUCCAGCGCACCAGCAUGCUGUUGUAAGCGCUCAUUUUCCCAUGCGCCAGCCGGCCUAUAGCAGCUCCCUGCCUUCCCUCGGUGAGGCUAACACUCAAAUUUUCCGUCGGAAUAAUUCCUUCGACUCCGGUCCAACACCCGUGAACGGCGAGAUGAGACCUUACUCUUCUACUAAUGGCGAAAACAUCUUGGUGGCACGGGACCCGGAUCGUCGUGCGUCACAAAACCGUGGCAGGGCUCCUCUCAUGGAAUGGCAGGCUUCGGGUCCCCGCCGCCGUGCUAAUCGUUGA